CGGAAACUGUAAAAACCAAUUUUAUCCAAUUCCCGUUAAACAGGGUCGCCCACCGCAUCUCUUUCUCCCCUUUUUCUCUCUCCUCUGCAACACCAAAUCCACACAAUUGCUCAAAAUCCAUGUAGCAAAAGCGUGUCCUGUCACGGUUCUCCCUUGAAAUUUGUCUUCCAAAAAUAAUUGAAAGCAAUGGAAGGGGUUUGGAUCGGAUUGACUGACAGCAUGCUGGAGUUCUUCAAUUAUCCGGCGGUCACUGAAGCAUUCGUCGACAUAUUGGUCUGCGCGGUCCCGAUUUGGGUCGCCGUGAUGAUCGGCCUCCUGAUCGGGUGGUCCUGGCGCCCCAGAUGGGCGGGUCUUGUUUUUCUCGGGUUCCGAUCCAAGCUCCGAUACGUUUGGACCCUCCCCCCGGGGCUCGGUGCCCGGAGGUUCUGGCUCGCGUUCACCGCGCUCUCGGCAUUUUCGCUCUGUCGUGGGAUUUGGUUCCGCUCGCGCGGAUUGAGCCGCAAGCUAGGGAAGUCGUCGGCUCGUGAGCUGGCGGAUUCGGCUCAGGAGCUGGCAGGCGAUGCACGGGAGUCGGCUGCGGUUGGUGAUGGUAGUAUCAGCUUGACACAAUCAAGAAGUAUGGAGACUAUCACUGGAGAUUCAGAUGGGCAAUUGAAUAGUGUCACAGACAAAGACUUGGAACACCUGUUGAAUCUUCUCGAUGGGAAAGAAGGGGAAUUGGCAUGGCAAAGUAUGAUGGAACGCUCAACAUCGAACAUGACGUACCAAGCCUGGCGCCAUGAGCCCGAGGUGGGUCCCACAGUGUAUCGCAGCAAGACAAUUUUUGAAGAUGCAACUCCUGAGAUGGUCAGAGAUUUUUUCUGGGAUGAUGAGUUUCGACCCAAGUGGGAUCCUAUGCUUGUCUAUGUCAAGAUACUCGAAGAAUGCCCCGAGACAGGGAUGAUGAUUGUCCAUUGGAUUAAGAAGUUCCCUUUCUUCUGUAGCGAUCGAGAAUACAUCAUCGGUAGGAGAAUAUGGGAAGGAGUGAAAACUUAUUAUUGCGUUACAAAGGGAGUGCCAUAUCCAUCUCUGCCAAGGCGCGACAAACCCAGGCGUGUCGAUCUCUAUUUCUCAAGCUGGGUCAUCAAACCUGCACAAUCACGCAGAGGCGGGGAUAGUCAAUCAUCCUCCGCAUGCGAGGUCACCCUCAUUCAUUACGAGGACAUGGGCAUCCCAAAGGAUGUCGCGAAAUUAGGCGUCCGUCACGGCAUGUGGGGCACCGUCAAGAAACUGCACACCGGAUUCCGAGCCUACCAAAAUGCCCAGAAAUCGGAGGCCUCCCUUUCCCGGUGUGCCCUCAACGCGCGAGUCACGACCAAAGUCUCUUUCGACCAAGAGUCUGAUGGCUGUGGAGCCAGCUCGGUUUCGGGCCAAGGGGAAGGAGGCGAGUUGGUGGCAGUUGACGGGAAAAAUAAAGUUGGCGGCAGUGGCAGUGUUGGGAUGGAUUGGAAGUGGGUGGCGGUUGGUGGGGCCGUUGCCGUUGUCUGUGGGCUCCACACGGGGCUGAUUGGGAAGGCGGUGGUGGUUGGAGUCGGGCACAGGAUUGCGAGGAGAAGGGGGAUUACUCGUUCUAGGUGAGGUUCGUUUGUUUCUCAUGGAGCAUCCAUUUUUUAAGAAAGAAAAUUGAAAAUGAAAUUAAAAUUAAAAUGGUGGUGGCUUGAGAUUUGCGGUUAUGGAGGAUGCUAUAUUUCGUUGUCCUACUGUUUAUUUAUGACGUAUUUGAGUGUAUAUUCGUUAUAUAAUAGUGGGAGCUUUGUGGCGUAGUAGCUUUGAACUGAGCCUAUUAAUAUUUGGCGACUUAUGUUGAUUUUUUUAUGUUAUUUUUGGCUCCAGUCUGUGCUUGGGGUUGAAGAGGAUUUAGUAAGACCUUAGGUCCCAUGUGUUAUUCUGAUUCUGUCAUGCUAAAUUGGUUGGUGAUGCUCAACAUGAUCAUUAUUUUAUUCUCAAAUUGCUAUUAAGACCGUUUAACUGUCUAUUUCCC